AUGGAUUGGGAUCUGUGCAUCAUUUGCCAAAAAAGUUCCGUUGAAAAAUUACAAUGUCCUGCAAACUCAAAGCGUAAAUAUGCUGGUGUUGGCUACACUUCAUUUGUUAGAAAUCUCGAAGAAUUCUGGAAGCUAGAAAUUACCCCUGAAUGUUUAAAUGUGGAAUGUCUCGAUGAAGGUCUUGGAAUAGAGCAAACUCUUUUGAAUAAAAAAGCUUCCUGGCACAAGUCUUGUCGAGACCUUUUCAGCAGUACCAAGUUAGAGCGUGCCAAGAAAAGAAAAUUAUCGGCAAUAGCUGACGAAAAGGACAGAGAAGAUUGCGAACAAAUCAUAGAU